AUGGAGUUCGAGAUCAUCGCAAAGUGUCACACGACACACGCUCGUGUCUCUCGCAUGACCAUGACUCAUGGCACCACGUACCUACCGACAUUCAUGCCCGUUGCCACGCAAGGUGCAAUGAAAGGCCUCACGUCGCAGCAAGUCGAGGCAUUGGGAGUGACGCUCAUUCUCAACAAUACCUACCACCUAAACCUCAGGCCUGGAACGAAGGUGCUAGAUGCGGCUGGAGGAGCGCACAAGUUUCAAGGAUGGAGGAAGAAUCUGCUGACGGACAGCGGUGGCUUUCAGAUGGUUAGCUUGAGCUCGUUCACCAAGAUAACUGAGGAGGGAGUGCUAUUUGCAAGUCCAUACACUGGGGAACCAACCAUGCUUACACCAGAAGAAUCUAUUGGUAUCCAGCAUUCCAUCGGUGCCGAUAUAAUCAUGCAACUAGACGACGUUGUGCACUCUCUUACAACCGGUCCACGAGUUGAAGAGGCCAUGUGGCGCUCAAUACGAUGGCUUGAUCGGUGUAUCGCGAAGCACAAAUCGAGUGGGCGCACAGAUCGACAAAAUCUGUUCGCGAUUGUUCAGGGUGGUCUUAGUCCUGACCUUCGACAGAAGUGUCUCGACGAGAUGGUUAAGAGAAAAGACGAUCUGCCUGGAUAUGCUAUUGGCGGGCUCAGUGGGGGCGAAGAGAAAGACAUCUUCUGGAAAAUUGUCAAGCAAUGUGCAGAACAAUUGCCGGAAGAUCGACCGCGUUACUGCAUGGGCAUUGGGUUUGCCGAAGACCUAUUGGUUUGCGUCGCCCUGGGCGUGGAUAUGGCAGAUUGUGUAUUUCCUACACGAACCGCACGAUUCGGUGUUGCUCUUACUCGGGAUGGUCCUAUGAAUCUGCGGCUUGACCGACACCGCACGAGUUUCUUCCCCAUUGAUGCCAACUGUCCUUGUCUAACAUGCUCUUCGGGUAUGUCCAGGGCAGCAUUGCACAACCUUGUCACACAUGAAACAGUAGCCGCCCACGCAAUCACCCAACACAACCUCGUCUUUCAAGCUUCGGUCAUGGGCGGGGCACGCGAUGCUAUCAUCGAGGGCCGAUUCCCCCAAUACCUAAAGGAUUUCUUCCAGCGAUAUUUUGCAGAUGCUGCUUACCCGAGGUGGUGUGUUGAUGCACUCAGGAGCGUCAAUGUAGAUAUUUUAGAAGGUAUCGAGAAUCCACGUAUAGUGGAGGGCAAAGGCGCAAAGUGGGAAUACUCUAACAAGAUACCCAAGCAGAAGAAACCAUGA